AAGGAUCUCUGCUGUGGUGCUGUGACUUUUUGUUGUCAGUUCUCUGCAUCAGAGUAUCAUAUGAAGUGAAUUAAAGAGUUCUUGUCCUGGUCCUUGGAUGCCUCUAUGGGCAUUUUGGGUCCUAAGGUAGGAGGAGAGAAGCAGCGUUUUUGGAGGACCUAGAGUGCAGAGAAGGGAAGGCGGAGUUCCUGGCUGGACCAACACGGAAAAAAAGAAAUGGACGCGGACGUCGAAGCCGCUCCCCGCGACGUGGAGCUUUCCGCUUUAGAAGCCGAAAAACAACCCAUGGCCUCCCCGGAGAGCGGUGGGGCCGGCCCGGAGAAGAACGGCUUGGUGAAGGCCGCUGGGCCCGGCGAGGCGGCCGGACCGAAGUUCACCGGGCUGGGCAAGGAGGAGCUGCUCCGGGCGGCCGCGGCGCCGGGUUGGGCCCGGGCUCGGACGGCGCUGCUGGCGGCGUUCUGGUUGGGAUGGCUGGGGAUGCUGGGAGCCGCCGCCGCCAUCGUGGCCCGCGCCCCGCGGUGUCACGUGACCGGAAGCGGCGAGUGGUGGAGGAGCGGCGGCCUUUACAGGGCGCCCCCGGAAGUCUUUGAAGGGAAACUGCAGGAGGUCCGCGAUCACCUGGACUACGUGGCAUCGUUGGCGGGUGGGCUGCUGCUGGGCCCCCUCCCCCACCACAGCACUGCAGACCCCCCCCUGGAGGAUUGGCCCCCGCAGCUGGGCAGUGAGGAGGAAUUGGGGGGGGUCCUGAAGGCGGCAAAGGAACGUGGGCUGCGGGUGUUGGUGGAGCUGAACCACAGUGCAGUGCGAAAACACUCCUCAAAUGGGCCCCAAAGCAACGGCAACAGCGCCAUAAAGCGAGCGAUCGGGGCCUGGCUGCAGCGUGGCUUUGAUGGAGUCUUCCUGGAUGGCAUCGAGGAGCUGGAGGAGUCAGUGCUGGCUGAGUUCCGGAACAUCACAGAGCAGUGGAGCACUGAUGGGACCCCCAGGUUGUUGGUGGGGGGCACACGCCUGCGGGACCCCGCCUUGUUGCAGGAUCUGCUGAAUUCCACGAAGGUCUCCCUGGUUUUGGGGGUGCUGCCCCUGGGAUCCACGCCGGAUCUCCAAAAUGGCCAAGUGCUGCUGGAUCCCACCCACGUGGCACAGCUGCUGCAGCUCAGCCACAGGGGGGUCCCUGUGGUGUGGAGUGUGGGCACCCCUUGGAAGCACCUGUUGGGGCUGAGCCCAGCCCUGGCCCCUCAAGUGCUGCUGCUGCUGUGGGGGGGGCUGCCCAACGCCCCCACCCUCAACUACGGCGAUGAAGUGGGGCUGAUGGACCCCCAGGGGGAAGGGUCUGAUCAGCUGACCCCAAUGCCGUGGACGGAAGUAAAGGAGCUCCAGGAAAGCGGGAACAGCAGCCAGGCACAGUUGCUGUCACUGAGCCGCCGCCUCCGGGCGCUGCGGGAGAAGGAGAAGAUCCUGGCCGUGGGCGGGGCCAAGGUGUUGUGGACAGAGCCUGAUAGGGGCGUGGCCGUGCUGAGGGGGGGCGGGGCAGGAGAGCGCUUCCUGCUGCUGCUCAACCCGGGGGCGGAGUCUUUGCAUCCCUUCCGGCCCCGACCAGAAGUGUCUACGCCCACCACCAGUCCCUCCCCACCCCCUCUGCCCCCCAGCGCUCGCCUGGUGCUGGGCACGCACCGAUCCGCUCCCCCUGGCACUGAGACACCCGUGGAGAUGGCGGAGCUGCAGCUGCAGCCCUAUGAGGGGCUCCUUCUGCGUCUGCCCCCUCAAUAGGGUCCCCCGCUCCCUAUUGGUUUCCUGCUGUGCCUCUGCCCCAUGGGGGUACCACAUUGUUCCCACACCCCUGCCAUUCCACUCCAGAGAUCCCACCAUUGCUCUUUGGGGAUCCCCAGCUGUGAGGAGCCCAAAAUCACAACAUCCCCACCCCUUCCCCACCAUGGGCUCUCACUUUCUGCCCCGUGGGGACCUCUCCCUGAGGCCUCUCUUGUGCCCCAUUGUGCCUGUGUGCCACAUUAAGGCUACCAUGUCCUUUCUCCCCUCCCCCAAAGCCCCCUUAGGGACCCUCCUCAUUGUCACGCAGUCCCAUCAGGAUUCCCCCCCUCAAAUUCUCGAUCUCUCCUUAGAGGCUCCCAGUGCAACUCAUCCUACUCAGAACUCUCUCCUGGUGCCCCAUAACCCCAUGGGGACCCCCGCAUUCUUCCCGCACUGACCCAAUUUGGGGUCAAUAAAAGUUCAUUCCUGGUGCUGCA